UUGCCCCCUGGUAGAUAGAUAAAAGGAAACGCAAAUGGAGGCCAAGACAACCCUUUCACUUUUGUCCAAGGCAAAGUUCUAAUAAAUAGAACUUUCCCAGAAGGCAAACAAAAACACAAAAGAACACCAUAAUCUGUCCAUCUUUGCCUCUUACUCAUUCUUGUUUAGCUUUCUCCUUUUUGCGUUUCUUUUAAUCAUUCAAACUUUUCUAGUUGGUCAUGGUAGUAGGAGAUGCAGGCUACAACUAGCUUUUUUGACAUAUAAAGCUCUUGGUUUCACACUUGACUUGUUUCUCUCUUUGUUCCCUGUCUCAAGCUUGUCUUUGCCUUGUUUCUAUCAAAGCUUUCUUGAGCUGGGUUUCAAUAGUUAUUCAUUCUUUAGCAGCUGCAACCUGUGACCAAAGUGAAGGGUUUUCGACGUCUUUGUGUCAAUGGGGUCGUGCUUCAGUGCUAGAAUUAAAGCUGAGAGUCCUCCUCGAAACGGGGUGAACACAAAAUAUGCUGGCAAAAGUGGGAACGACAAGAGUGGGUCAAGCAGCAAGGUCUCUUCUUCCACAGUGCCUUCAACUCCUCGGACGCAGGGUGAGAUCUUGCAGUCCUCAAAUUUGAAGAGCUUUUCCUUUAGUGAAUUAAAAGCAGCCACUAGGAACUUCCGUCCUGAUAGUGUGUUGGGGGAAGGUGGUUUUGGUUGUGUCUUCAAAGGGUGGAUUGAUGAGCAUUCAUUGACAGCUGCCAAGCCUGGAACAGGUACAGUUAUUGCUGUAAAGAGGCUUAACCAGGAGAGUUCCCAGGGUCACCAGGAAUGGUUGGCAGAAAUAAACUACCUGGGCCAGCUGUAUCAUCCAAAUCUAGUAAAAUUGAUCGGCUAUUGCUUAGAAGAUGACCACCGGCUUCUGGUUUAUGAGUUUAUGCCCAAGGGAAGCUUGGAGAAUCAUCUUUUCAGAAGGGCUUCUUAUUUUCAACCACUCUCUUGGAAUCUCCGCAUGAAGGUUGCCCUUGAUGCUGCCAAGGGUCUAGAAUAUCUUCACAGUGACAAGGCGAAAGUUAUAUAUAGAGACUUUAAGGCUUCUAAUAUCCUGCUCGAUUCGAAUUAUAGAGCCAAACUCUCUGAUUUUGGGUUGGCCAAGGAUGGACCAACAGGCAGUAAAAGCCAUGUAUCUACAAGGAUCAUGGGUACCUACGGUUACGCAGCUCCUGAAUAUAUGGCAACAGGUCAUCUAACUGCAAGGAGUGACGUAUACAGUUUCGGGGUUGUUCUCCUUGAAAUGUUAUCUGGCAGACGAGCAAUAGACAAAAACAGGCCCUCCAAGGAACAGAAUUUAGUUGAAUGGGCAAGGCCUUACCUUAGCAGCAAGCGCAGAAUUUUCCAAGUUAUGGAUGCUCGCAUCCAAGGCCAGUAUUCAUCUAGUGAUGCUCUGAAAGCAGCAAACCUUGCAAUUCAAUGCCUAUCAGCCGAACCAAAGUACAGGCCACACAUGGAAGCAGUGGUAAAAGCAUUGGAACAACUUAAUAAUUCCAAUGACAACGAUGGAUCCAAGGGCUCUCAUGGUGAAAACCCCCUAAGAGUUAAUCGAAGUUCAAGCAAUGGUCCUAAAUAUCACAGGAAAAAUGUCAACGAAGUUUCCAAUGGAAAGCCUGCCUCUUAUGCCGGGCCAUAUAUUUCACCUCUUCGUACAUAAAAGAGGAAGAAUAUUCAGUACAUGCUUUACAUUGUAUAUUAAUCCCAAGAAAACUACAGAUUUAUUUUGAUAGAGCGUUGUAUCCCGUAAAGCAUGGAAUUAGAAACAUGACAUUUACUGUACAGUUCUUCAACUCAACAUCUAAAUAUGACAGUUUUUUUGUCACGCU